GUCAUCACCUGGGACCUCUCUUACCAAUAUAUAUAUAUGCACAUAUAGUUGCAAGUGGCAUCCACACAAUAAUAAUAAGUCGAAGAGAGAGGAGUGUGAUCGAAUGGGAAGAAUGGAGGAGAUGAUGAAGGUCGUUCCCCUUGAUUUGAGGACCAUUUUUUGGGUAGCUCUUAUGGGAUUGUCUGGCUUGUUAUUUCAUCUUUUCAACCGUGUGUGGCUUAAGUCUAAAAAGAUCAGGAAGAAGCUACAAAUGCAAGGUAUCAAAGGGCCUCCACCUUCUUUCUUACAUGGGAAUCUUACUGAGAUGCACAAGAUCCAAUUCCAGGCCACCAAAGCAGCCUCAAAUCAUGCUGAUCAGAUUCUAGCCCACGACUACACUUCUACCCUCUUCCCAUAUUUUGAACAUUGGAGAAAAGAAUACGGUCUGAUAUAUACUUAUUCGGCGGGUAUGAGGCAACACUUGUAUGUAAACCAGCCGGAGCUAGUGAAGGAAAUGAAUCAGUGUAUCACUUUGGCCUUAGGUAAGCCUUAUUAUGUGACAAAGCGACUUGCACCCAUGCUCGGCAAUGGCAUUUUGAGGUCCAACGGCCUUAUUUGGGCACAACAAAGGAAAAUUGUUGCACCAGAGUUCUUCAUGGACAAAGUUAAGGGUAUGGUGGGGCUAAUGCUUGAAUCGGCACAACCAUUGUUAAGAAAAUGGGAAGACUACAUCGAAGAUCAAGGUGGUGUGACAGCAGACAUUCAAGUGGAUGAGGAUUUAAAGAGUGUAUCAGCAGAUGUGAUCUCAAGGGCUUGUUUUGGGAGCUCUUAUUUCAAAGGCAAAGAAAUUUUCUUAAAGCUUAGAAGCCUUCAGAAAGCUAUUUCCCAGCAAGGCUUUCUUUUGGGGGUCACGAGUUUCGGUGGCAGGUUUCUUCAAACGGGGAAGCAAAAGGAGAUUAGCAAUUUGGAGAGAGAGAUCGAGUCAUUGAUCUGGAAGGUGGUGAAAGAACGAGAACAAGAAUGCUUACAGACGUGUUCAUCUGAAAAGGAUCUAUUGCAGUUGAUAAUGGAGGCAGCCAUGACUGAUCAAAGUCUGGGCAAGGAUUCAGCCAAGUCCAAGCGCUUCAUAGUUGAUAAUUGCAAGAACAUAUACUUUGCCGGGCACGAAUCCACUGCUGUUGCGGCCUCCUGGUGUUUGCUACUACUGGCUAUACAUCCAGAGUGGCAAGAUCGUAUAAGGAAGGAGGUCGCUCAAGUUUGCCCAAAUGGCCUGCCAGAUGUAAAUUCAGUCAUGAACUUGAAGACGGUGACUAUUGUGAUUCAAGAAGUGUUGCGUUUAUACCCACCAGCAGCCUUCGUGUCAAGAGAGGCCCUUGAAGAGACCCAAGUUGGAAACAUUGUCAUCCCCAAGGGUGUAUGCUUGUGGACUCUCAUUCCAACACUGCACAGGGAUCCCAAUAUUUGGGGACCAGACGUCAACGAUUUCAGACCAGACAGAUUCACCGACGGUGUCUCCAAGGCUUGCAAAUUUCCCCAAGCCUAUAUCCCCUUUGGACUGGGUCCUCGCUUGUGCUUGGGGAAAAACUUUGCUAUGGUUCAAUUGAAGGUUCUCCUCUCUCUCAUUGUCUCCAACUUUGCUUUCUCCCUAUCUCCCACGUACCAACAUUCUCCUGCCUAUAAAAUGAUUGUAGAGCCCGGAAACGGUGUUCAUAUCCUCAUCAAAAGGAUUUAACUUCCACCAAUGAAUAACACUUAUAUAUAGGCCUCGCCUAUCUCUUCUUUUCCUCCUUCAAUUUUAACAACUUUCCUUUCUAAUAGUACUAGCUAGGCAAAGUGAAACUCUUGCUGUUUCUACUUUCUAGUGCACGCAAUGGAUCGAUGUAUUUGUACAUAUUCCCAAUCUGUACUUCUUUCAUCUAUUUAGUAUUUACUUUUUCUCA